GAGAAUCGCAAAAUAUUGGGAGCAUUUCAAGAUUCGUUUUGCUCAACACGACAAUGAUAAUAAAGUCGCCGAGAGAUAAAACGUGCGGGGAACAUGCCGACGCGCGAGCGGAGGAAUGGCAUGUGUCUGAAACUGCACUUAGAGCUGCGAAUAAAAUAGAAGGGUGAUGCAGGUUGUCGGCACGUUCCAUUAGCAAAUGGAUGUUAAAAAUCGGAAUAAUACACGAUAAAAAUAUCCGUCACGCGGUAACUUGACUCGACUACGUGAUGCGAGUAACGCGUCUACGCAAAACAGUCCAUCGUUACGCAAUUCGCAACGGGCAAUUGCGACAAGCACAAAAGCGGAUGACAAUACCUGCAAUUGGACUAGAUUGCGACAGUAAAAUAAUUGAUAAUUGACUAAUUGCCGCGCCGCGCGCCGCCCUGGCAUAAGGGAUGCCGGAGAACCGUCGUCGCGGUCAGUUGACCACGUCCGGCUGAGAUGAAGCGCACACUUCCAGCAGUUCUGCUUCACCUAUGGUGGAAUUCUCUCCCGGAAGUGUGUUCCUCGAGCUUGUUUAGCGAAGAUGUCAACAAUUGUACUAUGACGUCGAGGCUAAUUCUGCCGGAACACUAUGUCAAAGAGAUUAGACCGCCUUCGGGUGCGCCUGUAGUGGUGGACUUCAACAUUUUAGUGGUCGACAUUAACUCGAUCAACGUUGAAGAUAUGGAUUUUCGUGUGGACAUGUUCGUCAGUCAAAGUUGGAUAGAAUCUCGGCUGAAUACGCCACAAGAUAUUUUCGAGGAAGGCGACGAUUACGUAAUACUUCCUCAGGAAUUUUUCGAUAAUCUUUGGCAACCGGAUCCGUAUUUCUUAAAUUCGAAAGUUUCCGAGAUUGCGACUUUAAAUCAUAAAUUCUCAUUAGUCACUUUAUACCGGAAUAAAACCAUUAAAUAUUCCGCACGAAUUAACGCUAUCGUCGCCUGUCAAAUGGAAUUUCAAUUGUACCCGAUGGAUAUUCAAAUCUGUCCAAUUUAUAUAGAGAGCUUUUCCUACAACAGAAAGAAGUUGCUCUUAAAAUGGGGCACGGGCGGUGUUACGGUAAAUCCCGAAUUGAAGCUUUUGCAAUACGACAUCGGAAAGCCCGCGGUACUCGAAGAAACUAUAGAUUAUAUGCUCGAAAAAAAUGGAAAUUUCUCGCGGCUGGUAUUCUUCUUUCGCUUCGAGAGGCAGAUCGGCCACCACUUGAUACAAACGUUCGCACCGUCGACUCUGGUGGUGAUGCUCUCCUGGUUCAGCUUCUGGCUGGACUUGGACGCGAUUCCUGGCCGAGUGACUCUCCUGGUGACAAGUAUGCUCACGUUGGUGACGAUGUUCACCGGCCUUAAGAGCGAUAUUCCGCCAGUGGCUUAUAUCAAAGCACUGGACAUCUGGAUGGCUGGCUGCAUGAUGUUCGUGUUCGCAGCUCUGGGCGAGUUCGUCGUAGUCAAGGUGCUCGAUCUGCGAAACGACCAAAAUGAUUCGCAAAAUUCCAUGGAAUCUCACUCGUUCUCGCGAUUAAUGGCAAUGGUGAAGAGACGAAGCAUUUGGGAUGACGAUUUCGUUCACACAACCAAACCGAAGAAUAAGUAUACCAAUAAUAACAAUAAUAUACUGCCAACUCUAUGGCUAGAUCCCGAGUGCCAAAUAACGCAAAGGACACGCUCUCAGAAAAUAGAUUGUUACAGCAGAAUUGUGUUUCCCAUACUAUUUCUGCUUUUUGUCGUUCUAUAUUGGCCGAUAGUGCUACUCAAAAAAGCGCCAUGAUAAAAUGAUAGAAAUUCUACAUAUUAAAUCUUUACUAACACAGCUCUACAUAUACACACAAUCACUCUCCAUAUUUGAAAUUUGUGAAUGAGUUGAAGAUAUCGUCGUGGCGUCGAUUAAAAAUUAGAAGUGUAUCACGAGUUUGGAUAUAAUAGAAA